AUGCAGCAAGUUCAGUCCGCUCUUGCCACCCGCAGCAUGGUACUGCCGAUCCUGAUCACAGGUGCGGGUGUUCUGGGCGGCGCAGCCAUGGUCGUGGGCGGAGUCGGCUGCGGCGUAGCACAGGUGGGCCGCGGCCUCAUGCAGGUCCCGGGCGCCGCACGGGCGCGGCGCGAAGAGAAAGUGUGGGAUCAGGAGCUGGGUUGUUGGGUGGAUGUGGAUCUUUGCGCCUUAGAGAAGCAAGUGGCAGAGGAUGCGGAGAAAGGCGAAGCCACUGCGACUGGCGUUGGAGAAG